AUGCCUAGAGAGAAGAUUAUAGCGUAUAAAGCCUUCAUGGAGCAUGUUCGAGACCUUCAAGUCAAUAUUCCAUUUGUGGAAACAAUGCUUCAAACACUUAAGUACUUUAAAUUGUUAAAGGGUCUGUUCGCUGCCAGAAAAGAUUUAGCUGAAGUCACGGAGAUAGUAUUGAGUGAGUUACCAGAAAAGAAGGGUGAUCCGGGGAGCAUCAUAAUUUCAUGCCAAUUUGGAAGUGUACUUGUCACUCAAGCGUUGACCGAUUCGGGUGCAAGUAUCAACUUAAUGCCCUUCUCCUUCUUCAAGAAGCUGAAUUUACCGGAGCCAAGACCAGUUAACAUGAAGAUCCAUUUGGCGGACAAGACGACAAUUCAUCCAAAAGGCGUGUGUGAAGAUCUUCUUAUUAAGGUCGACAAUUUUAUUUUUCCCAUAGACUUUGUGGUGCUUGAUAUGGAAGAAGACCCUAAAAUACCAAUUAUUUUGGGAGAUCAUUUUUGA